CGGGUCCUUUCAUAUAUAAGCUCCGAAAACGCUUGUUUUCUCUUUUAUUAUCAUCUGAUUAUUAUUACUCUUCGUUAGCAAGCAUUCUUCACUAAGGUGGUAUACGAUCUAUUGCCUAGGAUCUGAUACAACAAAUCUACUAAGCAGCAAAGAUGGUUGUUCUAGCGGCUUCCAUAAUUUCUAAAUCUGGCAAAGCUCUUGUCUCGAGGCAAUUUGUUGAUAUGUCUCGUAUAAGAAUUGAAGGAUAUCUUGCAGCUUUCCCCAAAUUGGUUGGUACAGGAAAGCAGCAUACAUAUGUUGAGACUGAAAAUGUGCGAUAUGUUUAUCAGCCGAUAGAAUCUCUGUACUUGGUCCUUGUGACGAACAAACAGAGCAACAUUCUUGAAGAUUUGGAGACACUGAGGCUGCUGUCUAAACUAGUGCCUGAAUAUUGUUAUUCACUAGAUGAGGAAGGAAUUGGCAGGACAGCUUUUGAGCUUAUUUUUGCAUUUGAUGAAGUGAUCUCUCUUGGACACAAGGAAAGUGUUACGGUUACACAAGUGAAGCAGUACUGUGAAAUGGAGAGCCACGAGGAAAGAUUGCACAAGUUAGUCUUACAGAGCAAGAUAAAUGAAACUAAGGAUGUCAUGAAGCGUAAAGCCAGUGAGAUUGACAAAAGCAAGAUUGAGAAGAAUAGAGGUGAAAAAGGAGGUUUCAUGUCACUGCAAUCCAUGGGUUCUGGAAGAAUCGAUACUGGCUUUGGCAGCGACUCAGGCAUAUCUAGCACCGGAGGCAGUGGUUUUGGUAGUGGUUCUGGAUUUGGUCUAACCCCUGAUGUGGACACGUUUUCUACCAAAUCCAAGGGUCGUCCAGCUGCAUCUGCUACUGCUCCACCGAAAGGUCUUGGUAUGCAGCUAGGUAAAACACAGAAGACCAACCAAUUUCUGGAAUCCCUGAAAGCUGAGGGUGAAGUAAUUGUCGAGGAUGUGAGGCCAACCGUUGGUCAGGCCAAACCAGCUGCUGCUCCACUAACUGAUCCCGUCACGUUGACUGUUGAAGAGAAGAUUAAUGUAACACUAAAGCGUGAUGGUGGUGUCAGCAACUUUGACGUCCAGGGUACUUUGUCUCUCCAAAUUCUGAACCAAGAAGAUGCGUUUAUCCAAGUGCAGAUUGAAACCAGUGGUAAUCCAGCAAUCCUCUUCAAAACACACCCAAACAUGAACAAGGAGUUGUUUUCAAAUGAAAAUAUUCUAGGCCUUAAAGAUCCCAACAGGCCAUUUCCCACGGGUCAAGGUGGUGAUGGUGUUAGUCUUUUGAGGUGGAGAAUGCAAAGCACAGAUGAGUCAAUUUUGCCUUUGACAAUUAACUGCUGGCCUUCAGUUUCUGGAAGUGAAACCUAUGUGAAUAUUGAGUAUGAAACCCCCGCACAGAUUGAUCUACAAAACGUUGUAAUUUCUGUACCCCUCCCAGCUCUCAGGGAGGCUCCAAACGUACAACAGAUAGACGGAGAAUGGAGGUAUGAUUCCAGAAAUUCUGUUUUGGAGUGGUCUGUAGUUCUCAUUGACAAUUCAAACCGCAGUGGAGCACUAGAAUUUGUUGUUCCAGCAGCCGAUCCGUCGGCUUUCUUCCCAAUUUCUGCACGUUUUACUGCCUCGAGAACCUUCAGUGACGUCAAGGUUGUCAACAUUUUGCCUCUAAGAGGCGGGGCUACUCCCAAGCAUUCUCAAAGAACAACGUUGGCCACGGAGACUUACCAAGUUGUGUGACUAUAAGGCCAGCACCAGAUUGUGCCCCUAUAGCAACAUUAUAGGAUUCAUAUUUUAGUUGAUUUUUGUUCAGACUUGUUUGCCUUUUCCUUGUUCUCCCUUCCAACUUUUUUUGCAACAUGAUCAUGUACGGAGAUGGAAUGACUUUGUUAGGUUGAAUUUUGGAAGUCUUGUGCAUUUAUAGCGUAAGGGAUCAACUUUACGGCAAUUGAAUUGUA